CAGCGGAUCCCGGGCUCACCGCGGCAGCAGCGCGGGUGUCGCGCGCGGCCUGAAGACGCCGUAGCUUUCUGCCUCCCACCUUUUUUUUUUUUUUUUUUAAAUAACCGGAACCAAUGAACGCAGUCAGGACCCGUGCUCUGGAGGCCGCCGGUGCUGAAGGGACCAGGGUGGCGCGUCUGAGGCGUCGGGGGCGGCCGGCGGAGUCGCCAGCGGCGGCACCGCGCGGAGCGGUCGAGCGGUCGGCGGCCGGGACGCUACCGCGCUUUAUCCCCGCUCCCCCUCUGCUCCCUCAUCCCGCCGCGACGCCCGGCCCGGCCUCGGGUUGGCUGCCGCGGCGACGCUGGGCUGCGCUGCUGGUGCUCGGGCUGCUGGUGGCCGGAGCGGCGGACGGAUGCGAGGUGGUUCCGAGGCACCUCCGCGGGCGGCGGGCAGCAGGCGCAGCCGCGGCUGCCGCCUCCUCUUCCGCGGCGGCGGCGGCGGCGCCGGCGGCGGCGGCGGGCGACAGCCCGGCGCUCAUGACAGAUCCCUGCAUGUCACUGAGUCCACCGUGCUUUACAGAAGAAGAUAGAUUUAGUCUGGAAGCUCUUCAAACAAUACAUAAACAAAUGGAUGAUGACAAAGAUGGCGGGAUUGAAGUUGAUGAAAGUGAUGAAUUUAUCAGAGAAGAUAUGAAAUAUAAAGAUGCUUCUAAUAAACACAGCCAUCUGCACAGAGAAGAUAAACAUAUAACUGUUGAAGAUUUAUGGAAACGAUGGAAAACAUCAGAAGUUCAUAAUUGGACCCUGGAGGACACACUUCAGUGGUUGAUAGAAUUUGUCGAACUACCCCAAUAUGAGAAGAAUUUUAGAGAUAAUAAUGUGAAAGGAACAACACUUCCCAGGAUAGCAGUGCACGAGCCAUUGUUUAUGAUAUCUCAGCUGAAAAUCAGUGAUCGGAGUCACAGACAAAAGCUUCAGCUCAAGGCACUGGAUGUGGUUUUGUUUGGACCUCUAACACGCCCACCUCAUAACUGGAUGAAAGAUUUUAUCCUCACCGUUUCUAUAGUAAUUGGUGUUGGAGGGUGCUGGUUUGCUUAUACGCAGAAUAAGACAUCAAAAGAACAUGUUGCAAAAAUGAUGAAAGACUUAGAGGGUCUGCAAACUGCAGAGCAAAGUCUAAUGGACUUACAGGAGAGGCUUGAAAAGGCACAGGAAGAAAACAGAAAUGUUGCUGUAGAAAAGCAAAAUCUAGAGCGCAAAAUGAUGGAUGAAAUCAAUUAUGCAAAGGAGGAGGCUUGUCGGCUGAGAGAGCUGAGGGAGGGAGCGGAAUGUGAAUUGAGUAGACGCCAAUAUGCAGAGCAGGAAUUGGAACAGGUUCGCAUGGCUCUGAAAAAAGCUGAGAAAGAAUUUGAGCUCAGAAGUAGUUGGUCUGUCCCAGAUGCACUUCAGAAGUGGCUGCAGCUAACACAUGAAGUGGAAGUACAGUACUACAAUAUUAAAAGACAGAAUGCGGAGAUGCAGUUAGCUAUUGCUAAGGAUGAGGUUGCCGCUUCAUAUGUGAUUCAGGCAGAGAAAAUUAAGAAGAAGAGAAGUACCGUGUUUGGGACCCUGCAUGUUGCACACAGCUCCUCUCUAGAUGAGGUGGACCACAAAAUUCUGGAAGCAAAGAAAGCGCUCUCUGAAUUGACAACUUGUUUACGAGAACGGCUUUUUCGCUGGCAACAGAUUGAGAAGAUCUGUGGCUUUCAGAUAGCCCAUAACUCAGGGCUCCCCAGCCUGACUUCUUCCCUUUAUUCUGACCACAGCUGGGUGGUGAUGCCCAGAGUCUCCAUUCCACCUUAUCCAAUAGCCGGAGGCGUUGAUGACUUAGAUGAAGAUACACCCCCGAUAGUGUCACAGUUUCCUGGGACCAUGGCUAAGUCUGCUGGAUCAUUAGCCAGAAGCAGUAGCUUGUGUCGCUCUCGUCGCAGCAUCGUGCCGUCCUCUCCACAGUCUCAGCGUGCUCAGCUUCCCCUACAUGCUCCGCCACACCCCCGGCACCCUCACCAUCCCCAGCACACACAGCACUCGUUGCCUUCCCCUGAUCCUGAUAUCCUCUCAGUUUCAAGUUGCCCUGCUCUUUACCGAAAUGAAGAGGAGGAGGAGGCCAUUUACUUCUCUGCUGAAAAGCAAUGGGAAGUGCCAGAUACAGCUUCAGAAUGUGACUCCUUAAACUCUUCCAUUGGAAGGAAACAGUCUCCUUCAAGCCUGGAGAUAUACCAAACAUUGUCUCCUCGAAAGACAUCAAGAGAUGAGCUCUCCCUGGAGGGUUCAUCCCGAGGAGAUUCGCCCAUAACUGCAGAGCUCUCUCGGGGUUCUCCUGAUUGUGUGGGCCUGACUGAAACUAAGAGUAUGAUUUUCAGUCCUGCAAGCAAAGUGUACAAUGGCAUCUUGGAGAAAUCCUGUAGCAUGAACCAGCUUUCUAGUGGCAUCCCGAUGCCAAAACCUCGCCACACGUCGUGUUCCUCAGCUGGCAGCGACAGCAAACCAGUUCAGGAAGCUCCAAGUGUUGCCAGGAUCAGCAGCAUCCCACAUGACCUUUGUCAUAAUGGAGAGAAAAGCAAAAAGCCAUCCAAAAUUAGAAGUCUUUUUAAGAAGAAAUCUAAGUGAACUGGCUGACUUGGUGGAAUUCCAUUCAAGUAGCAUCUUUAAACUUUUAUCUACCACCCUCCACUCCCCUUUUUUUGUUUUAAUUUUAGGAAUGUAACUCCAUUGGGGCUUUCCAGACUGGAUGCCAUAGUGGAAUAUCCUUAGGGGCAACUGUCUACUGUCUGCUUAUUUAAACGACUAGAUAAUCAAUUUGUCAAAGCAGUUAUUACUGAAAAAUCAGAGAUGAGACAGUUUACAGUCAUUUCUGCCUAUUUAUUUCUGCUUUGUUACUGGUGAUGUAUAUACAUUUUGUUGAAAGCAACUGUGGACUUACAAGCUUUAAUGGACUAGUAAGCCAGCAUGGGCUUGCAAAAAUUUCUUGUUUACCAGAGCAUCUUCUUAUCUUUCCACAGAGCUAUUUACAUCCUGGACUAAAUAACUUAAAAGAAGUAAAACCAAUUGCACUACUGUUUUCCAGACUGGAAAAAAAAAAUCUCUGCAAGUGAAACUGUAUAGAGUUUGUAUUAAAACGACUAUGGGUAGGGAACUGUAUUCACUUUUAGAUCAAAUGGGUUUUUAAGUAGAACCUAGGGUUUCUAAUUGACUUGAUUUCUGGAAAUGAAAACCCAUGCUUUUAUUAUGGGAAGCUUCUUUCAAUGCAUUUAAUAUUAUAAAGUUUCAAGUCCUGCUGUAAAGACCAUGUCGUUUUGUUUUUCCCAGGGCUUUCACUGUGAUUUACUGCAUUGCAGGCUGUAUGAUAAAAUAUAAAUAAUUUAAAGAGAGAAGGCUCUUGAUUCCUUAUGCAAGCGGAAGAGUUGAAACUUGAUUGAAGGACUUAAAACAUUCACAAGCUUAAACAGAAGUAGGGGGGAGGUGGGGAUCCAGGCACUUGUUUACAGACUUUGAAUAAAUGCAAAGGAGUUACGGUUUGUGAGAACUUUGUACUGUGGAAAAGAUAAUAAAUUGGACACGUUAUUUUGUGGGAUUGUGCUGAUUUUUGUUGAUAACACUCCACUAAAAACACUAUAUGUUUUCUGGAGAGCCAUGUAAACUGUCUUGUUGCUUAACUGCAAUAUAAGAAAUAAUGUUUUGGAAGUAAGUUGUCAAAUUUCUUUCUAUUUUAUAUUGUUUGUCAUAUUUUUAUGUAGUUUGAAAUGUUUAUUCUAACAUCAAGAUUAACAAAUACAAAUUUAUGGUGCAUUUAGAUUGUGUCGUAUUAAUUUGUAAAGUUUGGGGCUCAUAAAACUGGUAGAUUAUAAGAGUAGCUUUUGCUGUGAGGGUUAAGUCACAGAGCAACAACAUAUAUUAACAUUUGGGGAAUUUCUGCUUAAACCACUUCUUUUAAAAAUUCAGUCAUAAAUGAUCUGGUUAAUGCAAUGUGGGUGGAUGUUUGGGUAAACAACUGAUAUAUAUUAGCUAGAAUGGUUUUUUGAGCAUUAUAACUGAAAUAUAUACUGUCUAAAACUAGUUGCCAUCAAGUUGAUUUUGACUCAUGUCUGCCCCGUGGGUGUCAGAGUAAAAUUGUGCUCCAUAGGGUUUUCAGGGGUUGGUUUUUCAGACAGAUCGCCAGGCCGUUCUUCUGAGCCACCUUUGGGUGGACUCAAACCUCCAACCUUUUGGACAGCAGCUGAGCUCAUUAACUGUUUUUACUACCCAGGGACUCCAUAUACUGUCUAACUGAGUGUUAUUUAGGUGAAAAUGCUGACCGAUAAACACGAAGUUUCUUUGAGAUUUACUCCAAUGAAAUGCUCUGUUAAGAAUAUGAACAGUUCCCUGAAGUCACCUGUAAAUUGUUGUUAAUUAUCUGUCGUAGAGUCAUUAAAAACUCUCAAGGUCUUCCAUGAUAUUUAUUGAAGAACAGACUGAGUGCUGUAAGGGUGAAUAUUAACUGAUUGAAAUGAACGUAGUGUUUUGGACUAAUAAUAAGGUAAGAUAACCAAAAAGGCAAAGAGUUGAGGACAUAGGGUCUGAAACUAUUUAGGAAGGGAAAAAUACGGAUGAAGAACUGAAAAGCGUUCUAGAAAGCCCAUUCGGAGUGAAGGGACAACCUUAUGUGCUUUCUCCUUAAAAACGGAGAGUUGGAGUUCUUCCCUUUGAAAAUUGCAAAAGGGAUGGAAACUGUAGUUUGGUGGAUAGAAGAGGUAAAAGCUGCUGGAGUGUGGAGUGAAGCUAGGAGCAGGAAUGGCCCUAGGAGCUGCCAGCAGGCCCACUCACUGUCUAGAGUUAGAAGGGAAUUCUGGAUCAGAACCACCUGGAUGUUGGAAGUCCUGGUUGGGGCUGGGGGGAGGCUGGCCUAAGUAGAGUUAGGGAAUGCAUUGUUUGUGCUAAAUUUCACACUCCUUUAUAAAUGAAUUCGAUCAAGGAAUGUUUAUCAUUUUAUGUUGCUUUUAGUAUUUAUUUUGCAUUUAUUUGAAAAUUCAACAGAAAAUAACGGAGUUUUGGAAAGCCAUGCUAAUUUCUGUAUUGCAUCGUUUACAUAUGAAGAGUUGGACAUUUCUAUAAUUUUUUUAAAUUACUCAUUUGGUACCUUAUUUUAACCUUUUUAAAGCACAGUGUCUUCCUGAUUUAAAAAGUAAUGCUUUAUUGUAGAAAAAGAUUAACAGCAGAAAAGUAUAAAGAAAGAAAAUAACAGCAAGCAGUUCAAAUGCUACUACCCCAAAUAACUGCUUUUAAUAUUUUGGUUUGUUUUCUGCUAGAUCUUUUUUCUGUGUACUGAUGUGUAACAACAACAACAAAAAAACCAAACCCAGUGCAGUCAAGUCGAUUCCGACUCAUAGCGACCCUAUAGGACAGAGUAGAACUGCCCCGUAGAUACUGAUGUAUAUUUUACAUAAUUUUAAUUUCACGACAUUUAACACUUACUGAAGACUCUAUACUCCAAGCUCUGUUGUAAAGUCUAAUAUAUAUAUUCUUACUUAAUCUUUAUCACCUGUAAGCUAGAUACUGGUUUUUUUUU